CCAUCCCCAGGCCGAGCCGGGCGGGACGGCGCUCCUGGCGGCCGCGCACCCACCGCGCCGCGCGCCGAGCUCCGGGGCCAUGGACGAAGCGCGGCCCCUGUGGGCCACCCCGCUGCAGUUCGUGUUCGCCUGCAUCUCGUACGCCGUGGGCCUGGGCAACGUGUGGCGCUUCCCCUACCUGUGCCAGAUGUACGGCGGAGGUAGCUUCCUGGUGCCCUACAUCAUCAUGCUCGCCGUGGAGGGCAUGCCGCUCCUGUACCUGGAACUGGCCGUGGGGCAGCGCAUGCGCCAGGGCAGCAUCGGCGCCUGGAGGACCAUCAGCCCCUACCUCAGUGGCGUUGGCGUGGCCAGUGUGGUGGUGUCCUUCUUCCUCUCCAUGUACUACAAUGUCAUCAACGCCUGGGCCUUCUGGUACCUCUUCCACUCCUUCCAGGAUCCCCUGCCGUGGUCCGUGUGCCCACUGAAUGGCAACCGUACGGGCUACGAUGAGGAGUGUGAGAAGGCUUCCUCGACGCAGUACUUCUGGUACCGGAAAACCCUCAACAUCUCGCCGUCCAUCCAGGAGAGCGGGGCAGUGCAGUGGGAGCCGGCGCUGUGCCUCAUUCUGGCCUGGCUCCUGGUGUACUUGUGCAUCCUGCGGGGCACGGAGUCCACCGGCAAGGUGGUGUACUUCACUGCGUUGCUGCCCUACUGCGUGCUCAUGAUCUACCUGGUCAGGGGCCUCACGCUCCACGGAGCCACCAACGGCCUGGCAUACAUGUUCACUCCCAAGAUGGAGCAGCUGGCCAACCCCAAGGCCUGGAUCAACGCAGCCACCCAGAUCUUCUUCUCGCUCGGCUUGGGGUUCGGCAGCCUCAUCGCCUUCGCCAGCUACAACGAGCCCUCCAACGACUGCCAGAAGCACACCGUCAUCGUGUCCAUCAUCAACAGCUCCACCUCCAUCUUUGCCAGCGUCGUCACCUUCUCCAUCUAUGGCUUCAAGGCCACCUUCAACUACGAAAGCUGCUUGAACAAGGUGAUUCUGCUGCUGACCAAUUCUUUCGACCUUGAAGAUGGCUUUUUGACAGUCAGCAACCUGGAGGAGGUGAAAAGUUACCUGGCGUCUGCCUACCCCAGCAAGUACAGCGAGGUGUUCCCACAGAUUAAAAACUGCAGCUUGGAAUCGGAGCUGGAAACGGCUGUCCAAGGCACCGGCCUGGCUUUCAUCGUCUACACAGAGGCCAUUAAAAACAUGGAGGUGUCCCAGCUGUGGUCGGUGCUCUACUUCUUCAUGCUGCUGAUGCUGGGCAUUGGAAGCAUGCUGGGGAACACGGCCGCCAUCCUCACCCCUCUGACCGACAGCAAGGUCAUCUCCAGCUACCUGCCCAAGGAGGCAAUCUCAGGUCUGGUGUGCCUCGUCAACUGUGCCAUCGGCUUGGUGUUCACCAUGGAGGCCGGCAACUACUGGUUCGACAUCUUCAACGACUACGCUGCCACGCUGUCCCUGCUGCUCAUUGUCCUGGUGGAGACGGUCGCCGUGUGUUACCUGUACGGACUGAGGCGAUUCGAAAGCGACCUGAAGGCUAUGACUGGACACGCUCUGAACUGGUACUGGAAGGCCAUGUGGGGCGGCGUGAGCCCGCUGCUCAUCAUCAGCCUCUUCGUCUUCUACCUGAGUGACUACAUCAUCACGGGGACCCUGCAGUACCAAGCCUGGGACGCCUCCCAGAUCCCUACUGUCAGAAAACAGCUCUGAGCACACAGGACUCGUGUUAUUCCAAACACACUCAGGAAAACGCUUUGCCGAACAGACUGAGAAGCUGGGGGCCCAGAGCUCAGGGAAGAGCCAGGCCAUCCUGCAAGACACGGCUGAGUGAGGAAGAGUUCUCAGCAGUGAAAACACCCAGGCCAACGGGACAGAACAGAAAGCCAAAACCCCGCAAGUGGAGGGGAGCCUGAUGUGUGACAGUGGCAGCACCGCACAGCAGGACGGAGGGAGUCGGGAAGGCUCUCUGCUGACUCUUCCCGUUAACCCAGUGGGAAAAGAAAACUGGGGCCUGUGUCGGAUGACAGCACACAGUCCCUCCCCAGGGGCUACACUCUCCUCCCUCCAUCACUUCAAGUAUGGCCAUGCGACUUGCUUUGACCAAUGAAAUGUGAACGGAAGAGAUUGUCACCUUCAAGCAGAAACUUCUCCCUUUUCUUUCUGCCAGAACAACUGGUAAUGUUUCUGUGUGAAGCUGUUCCGUCGCUCUGGGUCCCAAGAUGCAGAUGUCAUGUAGCAGAGCUGCAGCAGACCCUUCAAGGAUACAGAGAAUGAGUGAGAAAUAAGUCUUCAUUUUUUUAAAGCCACUGAGAUUUGGGGAUCAUUUGUUACCGCAGCAUAAUCUGAUCUACCUGGAUUGACACAGACCAUUUCCUUACUUUAUAGAAUGGAGAAAAGACCUAAAGUGAAAAAGCAAAAUUAUGUGAAAAGAAGUCCCUUGGAGUUGAGCAAUGUUGUCUUACCCAGGCACAAGGGAUGGUAGGAAACUUUUGGUAAAUUCAACACCAUUGAAAUUAUACACUUCUUUCACCAAAAGUAACCACAAGAAAAUGGAAAGACAAGCCACAAACUAGAAGAAGAUAUAUGUAGUACAUAUAAGCAACAAAGAAUUACUCUCCAGACUAUAAAGAAUUUCAGAAAUCUUUAAGGACAAGCAAUCUAACAGAAACAGGCAAAAGACCUCAAAGGCACAGCACAGGAAACAUCCGAUUCCCUCCAGCACCAGCUCUGAAUCAUGACUUUGGGUUUUUCUCUCCUUACAGGCUGUGGGAACAGACUUCCAGAGAGCCCCACCUCCCGGUAUUCAUGCCCUGUGUAAUCCCCUCCCCGAGUGAGCUGAUCUAGUGGCUUGUUUCUAAUGCAUAGAAUAUGGCACAAGUGAUGGGAUGACACUUCUGAGAUUAGGUUAAAAAAGACUGUGACUUCCAUCUUGCUGGCUUUGGUGAACCAAACUGCCAAGGUGGAGAGGUCCAUGUGCCAAAGAACAUAAUAUUUUAAAGAUUUAUCGUAAUUUAUCUGUAGUAGGAAAACUUCUGACAUCAGGACUCUUAGGCAAGCUGGAGGAAAAACCCCCAAACCCUUGUUUAAGCCACUUCCCCCCAAAACACCCCUUCACACACCACACACACACGUGCAAGGGUCUCCUAGGCGCCAAGGUAUCUACAUCAGCAUUUCCCUCGUGCUCCCUGACACCUUCCUGUGGCCUGAGAGGACGUUUUCUAAUAAGCAUAUUGUCCCACUUCUUGGUUGACAGCCUCUAUCAUUUUGAAAGAGAAAUUACAAUUUGGAGGUGGGAAUACAGGGGACAUCAUUUAAUGAACACUAUACUAAAUAUUCCCCUGGAAUAUCUGUAACUGAAAAAUAAUUAUAAGGAUAAACACAAUUUUUCAAGUGGCCAUAACUGGAAAGUAGAAUUUCAGAAGCUACUCAUUUUCUUGCUUACUUAUAUUGUCUAAUUUUUCUAUAAUGACCACACAUUGCUUUGCAUGAUUUUUAUAAAAAAGAACAUCCCUUUGUAAGACAAGGUAUAGGAAUGACACCAACAUUAGUUAGAAAAGAAUAUGACAUUUUAUUUUCACUUACGGAUGGACAGUACAUGAAUUUAGAAAUAUAAUCAUUGCAGGGUUCUGAAACAUUGAUACCUUAAGAUCUAACGCACCAACAUUAGCCCAUUCACUGCAAAACAGCCACAUCAGCAGUUCAGAUUUGGUCUUUGUUGUGGUCGUUGAAAUAAGUUCUUAAUGUGAAAUGCCCAGUAGCAUCUGAGUAAUACAUUACAGUAGACAUGAACUAAGUUUCGAUAUUUCCUCUUUGGAAUGAAUUAUGCUUAUUUACAAGUUAAAAGUAGGUAGUUCUAAUUACUUACCCUAUUGUGAGUUUUAAUGACUGACUUUAAGCUACAGAGGGUUUUCCAGCUAUUAUUUCCUUUAGAGUUUCUAAAAGCAACAACUCUUAUUAAUGUUUAUAAAAGACAACGUUGGAAAAAAGGUAAUGUUAAAAUCAAGGCGCUCUUUAGAGAUAUUUAAGGACAGGAAAAGGUAUUACCAUUGAAAAAACUGUACAUAUUUUCAAGCACAACACAAAUAUUGUAGCAGUAUUUAAUUGAACUAUUUUAAAAUAGUGGCAAUUAUACUUCCUUACAUACUUUUCUAAUUUUUAAACCUCAUAAUUACAAUUUGAAUAUACAGUCUGACUUAUAAUUAGAACUAUGCACAGCUUCUAGAGUGUAUUUUUCAGAUUUAUUUCUGCACAUAAAUUAAAGUUUAAGUUGGUCCUUGAUUUGGAGAGCUGUAACUACCUGGAAGCACUAAAUUUUAGACACUGUUACUGACAGCUAACAAAAACCCUUAAAGAGGGAAAAGCAUCAACACUACCGUGCGUGGAAAAGCAGCUGCUGCCUCCAAGUGCAACAUCGGAUUCAGCACAAGACCCGCUCAGAGGCCUGCAUGUCUCCACGAAAGACCCCCCAAGAAACCGAAAGGUCCAGGAGGAAGGAGCUGACCAGCCAAGGGUAUUUUCCACACUGGGGCAAUCCUGAAAACGAAGGAGGCUUUGGACCUCUAGCAUGAGAGAGAGACUUCACAUUCUUUGAUUUCAUUUACACCUUUUAAAAAAGAUAAAAUACACCUGAACCUUUUUCAUCACACUUAAACUGCACAGCUCAAGCUGACUGAACUCAUAACGCAGCCCAACUGAAGCUCCAAAGGAACACCAGACCCUGGUCUCCUCUUUCCUACCAUGUAGUGACAGACUAUUUCGUCCAACUACUUGAUGUAUGUAAAAGACAUUUUAUAAACAGAGUAGAGUUAGCUUAUUAUUAAACUGAAGAAAAGUCCAAAGAUGUAUGGAAAAGUAUGCUUGCUAACAGCAACUGCUUCUACAGUGACAAUAAACUGAGCUAGAAAAAUAAUUUCACUGUUUUAAAUAAGGAAAGAAGCUAGAUUUUUUUAAAAUAUAUUACUUAUUCUGCAACAGCUGAUUAAAUUGACAAUGAAUAGAUUCCUUCCAUUCCGAGAGCUGAAUUGAGGUUACAUUUUAAUUAUAGAAUAGCUUCAAAUUAUAAA